AUGGACCCACAGGUCGCGGCGAUCGCCCCGUCCAAGUACGGCCCGCUUCCCCACCCUGUGCAGGGGGCGGGGUGUGGUGAAGUAUAUUCGUUGCGGAUGGCGUUGCGAUCGCUCGAGGUCGGUGUUGUGGAGAUCGCCUCGGAUUGCCAGCUCGUGGUCGAUGUCUGGGCCAAGGGUCCCGAUCAGGACUUGGGCGGGCUGGCGUAUUCGGAAGUGUGGGUCCAAAUCUUUCAGGUUGCUCAGGACGAUGGGAUUGAAUCUAUCACCCUCCUCAAGGUGGCCGCCGCCUUCGUGGAGGCCGUGGGCGGCGUGGACUUCCCGGCGUCCUGCAGAGGGAGGCGGGAGGCGCUCGCCAACGAGGUCAUCAGGCGAGCAGUUCGAUUCGUCGAAGGGCCGCUGAUGCCGCUGAGCGUCAAGUGCCACCCAGCGAUGCCCCCGCGGCGGCCCUCGGGCGACUCGCUGGACGACCAGCUGCCCGAGGCAGAGAGGGCACGCCCCGACGAGGAGUGGGAGAGCCGACAGCAGACCCUGCGGGACUUGAAGGAGGCUGCGAGGCGCAUCGACGCGGCCCUCGUGGGCGGCGCGGGCCACCCCCGCACGAGCGCCAUGUGCGAAGGCGUGUGCUUCGGCCACUCCGACCACGGCGAGCUCGCCGGGUGCGAGCUCAGGGCAGCCCUGAUCCUGUGCCUCGACCUCUCAAUGUGGACGUCUGCGCUGUGCCCCGAGGACGCGCCCAAGGCGGAGCCACCAGCGCCGCCCAAGUUCACGAUGCCCUCGCUCAUGCUGACGGAGAUCGUGGACAUGCAGAGCGGCGCGGUGGGCUCGACGCCAGGUGCCCAGGCGUGGGAGGUGCUCAAGCCGCUGCUGGCACUCGACGGCCUGCCGGCCUCGUUGAGGCACCAGGUGGCCACGCUGCGCGCUCAGAGCGCCGACAUGCUGACGCGGGACAGGAGCGAGGCGAUAUCCCAGAGGUGGGCGCGCAUCAUCUCACAGGCGGUCGACGAGGCGGGCUUGGACGCGAGCUCGAGCGGAGUUCGGCGCAGGCCGUGGCGUGGCUCCUCCGCGCGCAGCGCCAGCGGAUGGGCCCGCUGCAACCGGCGGGAGCUCGGCGCCUUGGAGGCGUGGCCCCCGAAGCAGCAAAGGGCGUUCGGGUGCUUUCGCCCCUUCGGGCUAGCAGGUUUUGGAACAGAUCCUAGAGGUCCUGGCGGUCCAGUGGCCGUGUAGGGCGGGGCGCUGCG